CCCUUACCCUUCUCUCUCUCUCUCUCUCAUAGAUAACCACCCCCCUCCCCGCCGCCGCCGCCGCCGCCGCGGGAGGCAUCGCGUCGCCGUCCACCGGGUCCCCUCUCCCCCGCCUGUCUCCGGCGAUCGCCGCUUUCCUCCGCCACCCCCGAUCCGAAUUUUCGAAAAAAAACCCCCGCGGAAAUACGGAGAAAAAUCGCGGAAAUUCGUUUUUUAGAGUGAAUCGCACCUCCUCCCCACCCCUGAGCCCGCCUCCACCCCCCGCCCUCGUGCUCGUCGGCGACGGCGAUCGCAUCGGGGAAUAGUCAUCGCCCCCCUUGACGGGCAAUCCCCCCCCGCGCCUUCUCUUCGCGGUCCAAACCUGAGGGAGACAGAGGUGGGGGGAGCGAGCGAGCGGCGUCAUCCUUCCUCCUCGCCGGCGGCCGCAAGAGGGAGUGAUAGACUGCUGAGGCCGUGAGAGUUUUUCAUGUGUCGUCAUGGCAUUCUUCAGCAACUCUGGAAGCAGGGCUGAUUCAGGAGGGUACAACCUGAAUGAGAAGGCUGAGGAUGAAGCUGCCUAUGAGUCAGUUGGGGACAGGGAUGUCGACUUGAACUCUAGGCAAUGGAACUUAAAUGAGAAGGCUGAGGAUGCCUAUCAUAGUGAUGAGGAGCAAUAUGAUGGUGGCCGGUCAGGUCCGAACUCCUCGGAGAAUAAAUCUGUGCAGAAUGCCCGGAAAAUAAAUGGGCCUUCUGGCCCAUGGGGUACAAACUUUUUGAAGGAUUGUGGACCCACACAGACGGCUAAGGAAGAGCAAUUGACCAGUAACAGGGGAAUGGAAUAUGGGUCGGCGGCUAGUUCACAUGACGACAUGGAUGCUAGUGGAGAGGAUGAUGAGCUGAACCGAGGGCAUGGGGAGGUGCCUGCUGAGGAAAUGCUCUCUGAUGACUACUAUGAGCAGGAUGGAGAGGAGCAGAGUGAUUCAUUGCUUCGUGGUGGGAUGCGCCGCCCAAGCUGUUCUACUUCUGGGGCUGCAGCAGAAUCUGUCUCCUCUAGACAAAAGAAGAAGCCGACAAAAUACAAUGCUUAUGAGGAUGAAGAUGAUGACGAGUACAAUGAUGAGAAUGAUGAUGAAGACGAUGAUGACGCAGACGAAGAUGAUCCAGACGAUGUGGAUUUUGAGCCAGAAAGUGAUACUGAAAAGGCUGCCGAUAAGGAUAAGUUUGUGGAUAGUGAGAACUCCGACGAAGAAGAAGAUGAUGAGCUUGAGCUCUCAGAUGAUGAUGAAGAUGAUUUUGUUGAGAAUAAGAGGCAAUGUAAGCGACUUAAGGUUGGUGGAACUAAAACCUCCAAGGGAAGAAAGCUUCCUGUACAGGUUCAACGCAAACGAGGGGUGUCUUUUACAGAUGAAGAUUCUUCAGGAAAAGACUCUGAUGCUCCCAGUGAUACUGAUAUCAGUCACCGAGCAAAAAAACCCGACAAGUUGCAUCAGAAAACUGUAGGCCGCAAGGAUGUUUUCUCAAAUGUUGAUUCUCAUGAGGUUCGAACUUCUGGAAGGAGGAGGACAGCUAGAAAUAUUUCAUAUGCUGAAAGUGAAGAAAGUGAUGAUAGUGAGGAAAAGUUAGCUAAGCAACAAAAGGUCUUGAAGGAGGACCCAGAAGAGGAAGAAGGGGAAACAAUUGAAAGAAUCCUUUGGCAUCAACCUAAGGGUGUUGCUGAAGAGGCACUGAGGAAUGGCCAAUCAACUCAACCUACUGUGAUUAGCUUCACAUCAGAUGUGGAUCAAUCAUGGGAUGAUGUAGAAUUCUAUAUAAAAUGGAAGGGCCAAUCAUUCUUACAUUGCCAGUGGAAGACAUUAUCUGAGCUCCAAAACGUUAGUGGAUUUAAAAAGGUUCUAAAUUACAUGAAAAGAGUUACUGACGAGCUGAGGUACAAGCGAUCGUUAUCACGUGAGGAGGUUGAGGUGCAUGAUGUGGGCAAGGAAAUGGAGCUGGAUCUUAUUAAACAGUACAGCCAGGUUGAACGCAUAUUUGCUGAUAGGGUUAGCAAAGUUGAUGGCGAUGACCUGGUGCCAGAAUAUUUAGUCAAAUGGCAAGGACUUCCUUAUGCAGAAUCAACCUGGGAAAAAGAUACAGAUAUUGAAUUUGCUCAGGAUGCUAUUGAUGAGUACAAGGCCCGUGAAGCUGCAACAUCUAUACUCGGGAAAACAGUUGAUUUCCAAAGGAAAAAAAGCAAAGCUAGUUUGCGGAGGCUUGACGACCAACCAGAAUGGCUAAAAGGAGGCAAACUACGUGAUUACCAGCUUGAAGGCCUAAACUUCCUUGUUAAUGGGUGGAGAAAUGACACUAAUGUUAUUCUUGCUGAUGAGAUGGGUCUGGGAAAAACUAUUCAAUCUGUCUCCAUGCUGGGUUUCCUUCAUAAUGCUCAAGAAAUUAAUGGUCCGUUUCUUGUGGUUGUUCCACUGUCAACAUUGUCAAACUGGGCGAAAGAAUUUCGGAAAUGGCUACCUGACAUGAAUGUUGUGGUUUAUGUGGGAAAUCGUGCUAGCAGAGAGAUCUGCCAGCAGCAUGAAUUUUUUACAAAUAAGAAGGGUGGUCGACAUGUAAAAUUCCAUACAUUGAUAACUACUUAUGAGGUCAUACUUAAGGACAAAGCUGCCCUUUCCAAGAUCAAAUGGAACUAUCUUAUGGUCGAUGAAGCUCAUCGAUUAAAGAAUUGUGAAGCAUCGCUGUAUACGACUCUUUUGGAAUUCAGCACUAAGAAUAAGCUUCUCAUCACCGGGACCCCAUUGCAAAACAGCGUUGAAGAGCUCUGGGCGUUACUUCAUUUCCUUGAUCCAUCUAAAUUCAACAGCAAGGAUAUAUUUGUUGAGAGAUACAAAAAUUUGAGUUCCUUCAAUGAAACUGAGCUUGCAAAUCUUCACAAGGAAUUGAGGCCUCAUAUUCUAAGACGAGUUAUAAAAGAUGUGGAGAAAUCUUUACCUCCGAAAAUUGAGCGGAUUCUUCGUGUUGAUAUGUCUCCUCUACAGAAGCAGUAUUACAAAUGGAUUUUGGAGCGGAAUUUCCAGAAUCUCAACAAAGGAGUUCGUGGGAAUCAGGUCUCGCUUUUAAAUAUCGUUGUUGAGUUGAAAAAGUGCUGCAACCACCCAUUUUUAUUUGAAAGUGCUGAUCAUGGUUAUGGUGGAGAUAGCAUUGGUGAUCGCAAUAAAGUUGAACGCAUUGUUAUGAGUAGUGGGAAAUUAGUGUUAUUGGACAAGCUGUUGGUAAGACUGCGGGAGACUAAUCAUCGUGUGCUUAUCUUCUCUCAGAUGGUUAGGAUGUUGGACAUCCUUGCUGAGUAUCUAUCCCUCCGAGGAUUCCAGUUUCAGAGGCUUGAUGGCAGUACGAGAGCAGAUCUUCGUCACCAGGCCAUGGAGCAUUUUAAUGCUCCUGGAAGUGAUGACUUCUGUUUUCUUCUGUCUACACGUGCUGGUGGGCUUGGUAUUAAUCUUGCAACAGCAGAUACCGUGAUCAUUUUUGAUUCAGACUGGAAUCCGCAAAAUGAUUUACAGGCAAUGAGUAGGGCACACAGGAUUGGGCAACAAGAAACUGUUAACAUAUAUCGUUUCGUGACAUGCAAAAGUGUUGAAGAGGAUAUAUUGGAACGUGCAAAGAAAAAAAUGGUUCUUGAUCACCUAGUGAUUCAGAAGCUAAAUGCUGAGGGCAGGCUCGAGAAGAAAGAAUCAAAAAAAGGUGGUUCCAUGUUUGACAAGAAUGAACUUUCAGCGAUAUUGAGAUUUGGAGCAGAAGAGUUAUUCAAAGAAGAUAAGACUGAUGAAGAGACCAAGAAGAAGCUUGAAAGCAUGGACAUUGAUGAAAUUCUCGAGAGAGCUGAGAAAGUUGAAACAAAGGGUGGUGAAGGGGAGGAAGGAAAUGAACUUCUUAGUGCAUUCAAGGUUGCCAACUUUUCUAGUGGUGAGGAUGAUGCCACAUUCUGGAGCAGAUUAAUUCAACCAGAUGCUUCAGAUAUGGUUGAGGAGACUUUAGCACCUCGUGCUGCAAGAAAUAAGAAGAGCUAUGUUGAAGAUCACCAACUUGAUAAGAAUAGCAACAGGAAAAGGCGAGGAAUCGAUGCACAAGAAAAGCCAAGGAGGCGUUCUAGCAGAACAAUGGACACAGCUGUGUCAUUACCACUCAUAGAUGGUUCAGCACAUCAAGUACGAGAAUGGUCAUUUGGAAAUUUGUCAAAGAAAGAUGCUACCCGAUUUGUUCGAGCGGUUAAAAAAUUUGGAAACCCAAGCCAAAUUGGGUUAAUCGUGGAUGAUGUUGGUGGUGCAAUAGCAAAGUCUUCGGUUGAUCAACAGCUUGAGCUGUUUACUCUACUCAUUGAGGGUUGUCAAGAUGCUGUUAAAAAUAAUAUGGAUGCCAAGGGCACAGUGUUGGAUUUUUUUGGUGUAGCAGUUAAGGCGCAUGAGUUGAUAGCCCGUGUGGAAGAGCUACAGUUCCUGGCAAGGCGCAUUGCACGUUACAAAGAUCCAGUUAGACAAUACCGGAUCCAGGCACCUUACAAAAAGCCACAGUGGUCAGCAAGCUGUGGUUGGACUGAAACUGAUGAUGCAAGAUUGAUGGUUGGAAUUCAUUGGUAUGGCUAUGGAAAUUGGGAGAAGAUACGAUUAGAUCCAAAACUUAGCUUGACAGCGAAAAUUGCACCAGCAACCCUUGGUGAACGAGAGACGUUUUUACCGCGUGCACCGAACUUGGAUAAUCGUGCUAGUGCUCUUCUACAAAAGGAAUUUGCCAAUCUUCGUGGUAAGAGCUCGAAAGCCAAGGGAGGUCCUCGUCAAGCAAUUGAUAAUGAAAGCAAUGGUGGAGCUCGUUCAUUAAGAGGCCGGCAAAAAGACACAAAAAUAAAAGAAGAUAAUAAUUCAAUUAAAGAUGACUUUAAGAAACGCAAGGUGGUGGAACCUGAAGCAAGGGAAGAAGGUGAAAUUUCAGAAUCUGAAGCAGAGACUAAAUAUCGUCAGGACAAGGAAGAAAAGUGGCUGGAAUGGUGUUCUGAAGUUUUGGAUGACGAGCAGGAGAUAUUAAAGCGGCUGGAUAGGCUUCAGAAUACUAGUGUAAAUCUGCCAAAGGAAAAGGUUCUUUCAAGAAUUCGGAAAUACCUCCAGAUAAUUGGUAAUAAAAUUGGAGAGAUCGUUGAUCAACAUAGUGAAUCAUAUAAGCAAUCACGUAUGGCAAUGAGGUUGUGGAACUAUGUGGCAAACUUUUCAAGUAUGUCCGGGGAGCAAUUGCACGACCUCUAUUUAAAACUUAGUCAGGACCAAAUGGAAGCUGGAGUAGGUCCGUCACAUGGUGGGAAUUUUGCAUCAGUCCCUCCCAACAGGGGGCCUAAAUCAAAUCAGCUCCAUCCUUCCAGAAACCAAAGGUCAACAAGGUCUGUCCAGUACGUCUCUGAGUCUUUCAACAAUGGUGAAAACACUGGGAAUUCUGAAGCCUGGAAGCGACGGAGAAGAUCUGAGCCUGAUAAUCAAUUUGAUAACCAACCUUUGUAUCAGGCUCCUCCAAUCAUGACAAAUGGAAACAGGUUACAGGAAUCUAGCAGUUCUGCUGGUAUUCUUGGUUGGGCUCCGGUUGAAAUGAGACGAUACGGCAAUGAAAGACCAAAAAGAGGUGUUCAUCCCAGUCGUUUUCCACCCGGGCAUGGGCCUUUGCUGUAGUUGUUCAAGUGAACAAUGUUGUCACUUAAAGCAGCAUCGCUCCAAGGAAAUAUCAGCUUCUAGCAUGCCGCACAUGUAAAAAUGGGGGAAGACCGUUCAAUUGAAAUUCUUUUUGAAGAAAAAAAAAUAAUGAAGUGCUGGAACCUGAUGUGGACCACAGUUUUGAAUCCGAGUCUAAAAGAAAUGCCAGGGGUUGCUGAGGAGAUGCUGGCACCUUUAGCAGAUGUACACACACAAGAUUCUUCUGACAUUGAAAAAAAAACUUGAGGCAAGAGGAAGAGUCUAGAAAAUUUUGUCGGUCAGUUUUGUGAUCUAAUAGAAGAAUAUUUCAGUUGGGAUGUUUUAAGAAAGUUCAUCUCAGCAAUGAUCUAUAUAGUUCAACAUCAAUACAUGUAUGAUCUUUUUAAGUUGCAAUAUAAUGAAUUAUGGUUUAGUUGCCCAUUUUUACUACCCGCCUCUCUCAUCUGUGCAACAUAUAUUGUCUUGAUGUAACAAAGCAAAUGAAAUGUAACUCAGCAGCAGGAUGCCGUGGGCAUAGGACAGUAUUGAAACACUUGUUUGACAUGAUUUUUCUGUAAAUAGAGGUGGAAUCAUAACUUGGCGAUUGGGCCACA